GCUCGACAAGAAUUCUACUGGCUCGGCGAGGAGUGAGCAUUUUGGUCUUUGCUGUAACGUUGGAGCGGCUUUUUUCUUGUCCUUCAUGAAUCUUCAGAUAACAAUUCUGAGCUCCUAAUUGAUCGAAUCCAAAAGCCAUUGAUUUCCAUUCAUGUCUUCGUUCAUUUGCAAUAUACAAGUUCCUCAUCCCAAUCUUUUGCUUUCACGUCAGCUACAUGUUGAUAAAAUUCGCUCUCAAGGACUUACUUUCACCGACAAUAAGGCUCUGCGGUGGAAUCAUUUAUCAACAGAUUGUCGAUUCCUGUUACCUCCACUGAAGUCGGCCAUUAACGGAUAUGGAAUCUCAGUUCCAAGUUCUUCGGAAGAACGAGAAGAAAGCCAUGGCGAAGCUGAGUUUGAUAUUGUAGAUAAGCUUCGGGGAUUGCUUGGCCACUUACGUUCGAUUUUGCCUGGUGGGAGCUGGUGGAGCUUAUCCGAUGAAGCUGAAGUCAGAAUUUCGGUUGAACCAGUGACUGUGACUCGGGCACUUGGCAGGAUGUGGGACCUGGUUGCUAGAGACCGUUGGAUCAUCUACUCCGCAUUUUCUGUUUUGGUUAUUGCGGCGCUUUCAGAGAUAUCCAUACCGCACUUCUUAACAGCAACGAUAUUUUCUGCUGAGAGUGGCAAAAUCUCAGUAUUUCGCAGGAAUGUGCAACUCUUGAUGUUCUUGUGUAUCACUUCAGGAAUAUGCAGUGGUGUUCGAGGUUACUGUUUUGGAGUUGCCAACAUGAUCCUGGUUAAAAGAACAAGAGAAACACUUUAUUCUGCUCUUCUUCUACAGGAUAUAUCAUUUUUUGACAAUGAAACUGUUGGUGACCUUACAAGUAGGCUUGGUGCUGAUUGCCAGCAAGUGUCGAGAGUCAUUGGAAACGAUCUUAAUUUGAUAUUACGCAACAUUCUUCAGGGGGGUGGUGCUUUGAUCUAUUUGCUUCUUUUGUCAAAGCCUCUUGGUUUAUGCACUCUGAUGAUAUGUUCCACUUUAGGAGCAAUUAUGCUAGUGUAUGGCCGGUAUCAGAAGAAGGCAGCAAAGAUUGUCCAAGAUGUCACUGCUUCUUCCAAUGAUGUUGCACAAGAAACAUUGUCUUUGAUCAGAACAGUUCGUGUUUAUGGGACUGAGAAGGAGGAACUUGGAAGGUACGAGAUGUGGUUGGAAAGAUUAGCUGAUGUGAGCUUAAGACAGAGUGCAGGAUAUGGCCUUUGGAAUUUUAGCUUUAAUUUUCUUUACCAUACGACUCAGGUCAUUGCUGUGCUAUUAGGAGGAACAUUUAUUCUAUCCGGUCGUAUUACAGCUGAACAGCUUACAAAGUUUAUAUUGUAUAGCGAAUGGUUAAUUUAUUCAACAUGGUGGGUGGGGGACAAUUUAUCCUCCUUGAUGCAAUCUGUUGGGGCAAGUGAAAAGGUUUUUCAGUUGAUGGAUCUCUUGCCUAGCGACCAAUUUGUAUCACAAGGAACAAAGUUGCAGAGACUGUCAGGGCACAUUGAGUUUUUGGAUGUUUCUUUCAGUUAUCCUUCAAGGCCAACGGUCUCUGUACUACAACGUGUAAGCCUCUCAGUGCAUCCCAAUGAAGUCGUAGCAAUAGUUGGUCUUAGUGGCAGUGGAAAAAGCACAUUGGUAAAUCUUUUACUCCGACUUUACGAGCCAACAAAUGGGCAGAUUUUAAUUGACGGCUACCCUCUUAAAGAGUUGGACAUUGUCUGGUGGAGAGAAAAAAUUGGAUAUGUGGGGCAGGAACCUAAACUUUUCCGCAUGGAUGUCAGUUCAAACAUUAAGUAUGGAUGUAGCAGAGAUGUAGGACAGGAGGAAGUUGAAUGGGCAGCCAAACAGGCUUAUGCUCACGACUUCAUCCUAUCACUGCCCAAUGGUUAUCAAACACUUGUUGAUGACGAUUUGCUUAGUGGGGGACAAAAGCAGAGGAUAGCCAUUGCACGAGCUAUUCUUAGGGAUCCGACUCUUUUAAUUCUUGAUGAGGCCACUAGCGCACUGGAUGCAGAGAGUGAACACAAUGUUAAGGGUGUUCUUCGUGCUGUGAGAAAUGACUCGAAGAUGAAGAGAACUGUCUUAAUUAUUGCACACAGGCUUUCAACUAUUCAAGCGGCUGACCGGAUAGUGGUCAUGGGUGGGGGUCAGAUAGUUGAGAUGGGCACCCACAGGGAGCUUCUCCUAAAGGAUGGCUUGUAUGCAAGAUUAACUAGAAAACAGGCUGAUGCAGUGGCAUGAGACUGCCUACUGAUUUCCAAUUUAGCUAUUUUCAGUGUGCAUGGGUGAAGCAAAUUUUCAUCUGCUGACCCCCACUCAACAUUCUUAGACACAAGAUUUUGUAAAGGGAAAAGGGAAAGAAAAGUAGCAAAUUUAUCACAAUAGCAAUUAUAGCAAUUCAAAAGCCCAUGAAACACUGAAAUUUGAAUGAAAUAAAUGUUUUAAGGCAGAA